UGGUAUUUACUGCAGGGACAGCUCACAUUCAGGGAUGUGGCCAUAGAAUUCUCUCAGGAGAAGUGGGGACGCCUGACCCACACUCAGCGGGAAUUGUACAGGGAUGUGAUGUUAGAGAACUAUGGAAACCUUCUCUCCUUGGGUCUUGUUGUAUCAAAGCCAGACCUGGUCAUCUUUUUGGAACAAAAGAGGGAGCUCUGGGAUGUGAAGGGAAAGGAGACAGUAGCCAUCCACCCAGGUAGGUGGGAACGAAUUAAGCAGAUGACAGAGGUGAGGCCCACAGGGCAAGGAGGAAGGUAAACCUUACGUUGUGGUGUGGGUAGCUUUCUUUGAAUCUAAAUGAGUUUGAGAAGCCUACGUGUGUUUCUCUUGCUGUCAGAGGGACACCCUCUUCCAGUACUCAUCCUUUUCUUAAGUACUGUGAGGAUUCUCCUUCAGCUCUAAUGGCCUUCCAACACAGUCACAGCAUAGAUAACAUCUUCUGCUUGGAUGGUGAGGGCCUCCAUGAUCUGAGUCCUUUUCCCUUGCAUUUGGAGGCCUGGGGGAAUCUGUGCCUAUUUCUGAGGAACUCUUGUGUUAAGCCUUUUUUUUUUUUUUUUUUAAAUUUUUAUAUCUUUGUUUCACAGAGAGGGAGUGAGGGAGGGGACACAAGCAGGGGAAGUGGGAGAGGGAGAAGCGGGCCUCCUGCUGAGCAGAGAGCCCCAUGUGGGGCUUGAUCCCAGGACCCUGAGACCAUGACCUGAGCCGAAGGCAGCGGCUUAACCCACUGAGCCACCCAGGCGCCCCUACAUGUAAUUUAUUUCAGGGUAAAUUAAUGCUCAGGUGUUUCUUCUACUUUUCUGAGAAUGUAUUUGAAUUUAAUCUCAAAUAUUUAUUUUAUGUAAGGAAAUUGUGAGCAUUUUUUACAAUUUCUUUGUUUCUUUAUUUAGACAUGAAGGGCUUUUGUUUGUUUGCUUGGUUCUAAAGAAUGGGUCACAGAUUUACAUUCUUUGUAAUACAGAGUAGGAGGAAAAUAAUAAUAACAUAAUGCAUUCCUUUAAUGUCUUUUAAAUGCUUUUUUAUAACAUUUUCCAUUAGAGGUUUUCAUGAUUGAUCAUAAUGAAUUUCCUUCACAGUUUGAAUGCCCUAUAACAUAUGGCAAUGAUUCAGAAUGCUUGUUUUUCAUACUUGUACAGUCACAGUUUAAAAUUAUAGUAAAAGAGAAAAAUUCUUUUUUCUUAGAAUUUUAAAAAAUGAUUUUAAUUAUUUAUUUGAGUGAGAGAGUGAGAGAGAGCACAAGCAGUGUGGGAAGAGAGAGAGGGAGAAGCUGUCCUCCCACUGAGCAGAGAGCCUGAUGCGGGGCUCAAUCCUGGGACUCUAGGAUCAUGUCCUGAGCUGAAGGCAGACACUCAACUGGCAAGCCACCCAGGCACCCCGAAGAAUUCUUUUU